AUGCGCGGCGGUGUCUCUUUGAUCCUUGCUCUCUCCACGUGCCUCUCCAUAACGACUGCUCUUCCUCAACCCGCUCUGGUUCUCCGAGGCUCGCCAGUCAACGACCACAAGAAGCCCAAAUACUCUGUUGUGCCGCUUGAACCAGGAGAGGGAGAGCCAGGCGGUGGGAACGGGGGAGGCGACGGUGGAAAUAAUGGCGGUGGAGGAGGAGGCGGCGGCGGAGGUGGAGGUGGUGAUGGUACCGUCACGGUGAUUGAGACUGUCGUCAAGACCAAAACACCUGCUACGACGGUCACCCAGAUUAAGGCCUCGACGGUCACCCGCACCGUCCCGACGACGGUGUCGAUUGUUGACAUUACGGCAGAUGUGACCAAGACGAUUACCGUCACUCCCUCUCCCGCCUCCACCAAACACUCCACCAAACAUCGCACAACCACUGCGUCGACGACAGUCACGACUCGACCGUCAUUGACGAGCAAAACAUCGAAGAGCGCCUCUACCUCGAAAGCUGCUACUUCCAAGGCCGCUACUACAUCAUCACGAGGCACCACGAGAACAGCGCCCUCGACUUCAGCGUCCCCGGCUUCAACGUCACAGAGCAGCUCUCAUCACGCUACCUCUUCGACGCCUCAAAAGACGAGCACGUCCAGUACAACUUCCACCGCAGUAAUAUACCCAAUCCCAACCCUCUCGGCGCAGACCAGCUCUACGACGUCGUCUUCUUCCUGGGCGACCACGACAGCCCUGUCGAGCACUAGCUCUACCUUUACCACUGCCUACACUCCUUCAUCUUCUAGCACAAACGACAAUGGCCAGUGGCAUACUACAUACCCUGCCUGGAACGGGACAACCCUGCAUCGUUUCAGGUGAAAGACAUGAUGAAGCAGCGAGAUAAGGCUUGUGUCUAACAUACAAUAACAUACAAUCGUACAUAUUGAAACUUCAAGGGACAUAUCCAGCUUCUAUCAAGAAGCACAAGAAGAUACAACAAAAAUAUUCAGGAGCUUAGAUUGCGUGGCGUCAAAGUUUCUGGAUUUUUCUGCCUUUUUUUUUUUUUUUUCAAUCCUGCACUGUUUUCUGUUUACCGAAUAAUGAUAAUGCUGCCAAAGAUGAAUGAAACCGGAUGUUUGCUUGGGGAGCCUCACUUUCGCCAAAGAGCAAACUUUCGAAAGAGGUGGCAGGGGUUCUCUCCCGGCUGCUGCAACGCAAACCAAGAGCUGGGGCGCGUUGCCGCUUAACGUACAACUCAUGAGACGCUCGACUACAAGUUGGAAAUGAGGAUGAAUCUAGCUUUACGCAACGAGCGAAAGAUGGCUAUGUAGCGAUGGAAUUUAUGUUUUAGAUUGUCGAUAUUUCUACUAUCUAUGAUGAAACUCAAGUUAUAAGC